AUGCGGCGUGCGGACCGGGCGGCGCAGGGGCGUGGGCGGGCGAGCGCGGGGUGGGCCGCAGCGUCGGGGUGGGCGCGGCGCGGGCGGGGGUCCGGCAACGGUGUGGGCGGGGGUCCGGCGGCGUGCGGACCGGGCAGCGCAGGGGCGAGGGCGGGCGAGCGCAGGGUGGGCCGCGGCGUCGGGGUGGGCGCGGCACGGACGGGGUCCGGCGGCGCCAAGACCGAGCGGCGCAGGGGCGUGGGCGGGCGAGCGCGGGCGCUGUACGCGCGCCUCGUCUUCACCGCCACCUUCUUCGCGGGCGCCUUCCAGGCCGCGCUGGGCCUGCUCCGCCUCGGCUUCCUCGUCGACUUCCUCUCGCACGCCGCCAUCGUCGGCUUCCUGGCCGGCUGCGCAACCGUCGUCUGCCUCGGCCAGCUCAGGGGCUUCCUCGGCCUCCCGCACUUCACCCACCACACCGGCCUCCCCGCCAUCGUCGCCUCCAUCUUCUCCCAGACGGCCCAGUGGCACUGGCAGCCGUUUCUUCUUGGAUGCUGCCUCUUCCUCUUCCUGCAAAUCACUCGAUACGUCGGCAAGAGGCGGCCCAAGUUGUUCUGGGUGUCGGCGGCGGCGCCAUUGGUGUCGGUCAUCCUCUCCACCGUUCUGGUCUACAUCAUCCAUGGGGAGAAGCACGGGAUUCAAUCGAUCGGGUCCAUCAAGAAGGGCAUAAACCCGCCGUCCAUCCGCAGCCUGCUCUUCUCGUCGCCGCACACGUGGCUCGCCGCCAAGACCGGGAUCAUCACCGGCAUCAUCUCCCUCGCGGAAGGGUCCGCGGUGGCGAGGAGCUUCGCCAUGGCCAAGGACUACCGCGUCGACGGGAACAAGGAGAUGAUCGCCUUCGGGGCGAUGAACAUGGCGGGGUCCUGCGCCUCCUGCUACCUCACGGCGGGGCCCUUCUCGCGGUCGGCGGUCAACCGCGACGCCGGCUGCCGGACCGCCGCCUCCAACGCCGUCAUGGCGCUCGCCGUGCUGGCCACGCUCCUCGUCCUCACGCCGCUCUUCCACCACACGCCGCAGGUGGCGCUCUCGGCCAUCAUCGCCUCCGCCAUGCUGGGCGUCGUCGACCCCCGCGCCGCCGCGCGCCUCGCGCGCGUCGACAAGGUGGACUUCUGCGUCUGCCUCGGCACCUUCCUCGGCGUCGUCUUCGCCAGCGUCGACGUCGGCCUCGUCGUCGCCGUCGCGGUGCUGGUCCUCCGGAUCCUGCUCUCCGUCGCGCGGCCGCGGACCACGGCGCUGGGAGGGUGCCGGGCACCACCGCCUAUGCCAUCACCUCCAUCUCCCUUCUCUGUUCACGCCGUGACGGCGUUCGCCGCCGCCGUCGGCCACGCGCCGCACCCUUGCUGCGCCCCAGCCCUCUCCGCCCCAGUUCCUCCUUGA